UUUUUUUUUUAUUUUCUUUCUAUACAGUUUGUAUAGCAUGGAAUGGAUGAUUCAGCAAUAACCUUACCACAACAUAAAUUAUGCCUUGAACUUCGUCAUGAUGAACUUAAAGGUCGAGGGGUAUUUGCCACCAUACCUAUCAAACGACGUACCUUGAUCGAUGUGUCACCAGUAUUGCUGUUUCCUCAGGAUGAAUACGCUACUCAUGGACGGUACACGCAACUGGAUCACUAUACAUACAAAUGGAAAGAUGGUUAUAUGGCAUUGGCGCUUGGUUUAGGAUCCAUGUUCAAUCAUAACAAGGAUCCCAAUGUGGGCUUUAUUCGUGACUUUACAAAUCAGUUGAUUCGAUACGUUGCUUUAAGAGAUAUUGGUCAAGAUGAAGAACUCUGUAUUUCUUAUGGUGAUCACUUGUGGUUUGAAGAUGCUACCAACUCAAAAGAAGAGGUAUCUGAUAGUGAAGACGAUAUGGCUUGGAUGCAUACAGUGAUGGAUGGAUAGCAACUCCAAAAUAGAUUUGAUGAUAGAUUCUUUUUUUUUUUUUAUAAUGUAUUAUUAUUUUAAUAAAACUACUUUGUGUAUUAAUGAUAUGAUAUACUGGAUUUGAGCAACGACAACAGUUUUAUGUAAGAUACAAUGAGUGGAGGAAGUCUUGCACGUGAGGUCUAGUUGAAUGCCCGAUAAGUA